AUGUCUGCAACGUCUAGUUGCGACCGCGAUAUAUCCUCUUUCUAUUACUCGGAGUCCGAUGAUGAUGCCUCCUCAACUGCAACAAUAGACCAUGAAGAGUACCCGAAGGAGUCUUCAUUGGAAGGGGCGUCUUUCUUGCCAAACCUUUUCCAGAGAUUCGAUCGCGCCCGUCUUCAGGGUUACUUCUGGAAAGCAAAGUAUCUAUUCCGAAGGAUUCAGGCGAGUUCGAAUUUCGAAAAUAUCCCACUUCCACUUCUUAAACGAGAAAUCGAGCCGGGGCAGGAAUGGUUAAGAGGGGCCAUGCUCUGUGCCUGGGGCACUGCGUCAAUUUUGGCUCUGAAUGUGAUCAUCACAAUCAUCGCGGUAGGUGUGGGCUAUUCAGGGCAAUCGGAAGACAAAUAUUUCACGUACGCAGAACUCUAUCAAGGUGACUGCUCAGUGACGGGCAACUGGACUACCGGUAUGCAUGUCGUUAUCAACAUACUCAGCAGUGCCUUGCUUGCUGCCAGCAACUAUGUGAUGCAAUGUUUAAGUGCACCGUCCCGAGCUGAUGUUGAUGAAGCUCAUUCAAGACGCCAGUGGUUGGACAUCGGCAUAAUAAGUACCAGAAACCUUGCGGUCAUGGAUAACAAAAGAAAGGCCCUCUGGGGUCUACUUUUGAUUAGCUCACUGCCCAUUCACAUGUUGUAUAACGCGGCUAUAUUUUCGUCUAUCAGUAAUAUCCAGUACGCAACUGUCGUGAUACCACAAGACCUCGAAGAGAACGAAUCUCUCGUCAGGGAUGAAUAUGAAGCCCGUUCAUUUUACGAUUAUGUCGGUUCCAGUGCCAACGAUAUACGAGCUGAAAUAUUCAACGGCACUUUCAUGAAGAAAGACUUGCUAGGAUGCUCCAAACAAUACGAUGUGGAGUUUAAUACCAAGUCAUCUACGCUCCUUCUGAUGGCAGGGAGAGAUAGUCUGCGCGGUUUUUCUAGUCUUCUUCCUCUGACUUGGGUCUUCGGUGAUUAUAACCAUAUGGUGGAGGGGCCCUCUACAUAUCCCCCCCGAUUCAGUCCAACGCUAGACAUGACCUAUAUUCAUGCAGGGAACUGGAAUUACCCAAAGUGGUCUUUCAAAUACAAGGGGUCGAACACCUGGAGCGACAUAGACAGAUUUACUAAUUCCUACUUUUGGCCCGACUCUGUGCAUUGCCAGAUCUACUUCAGCCCAGCGAUAUGCGUAGCAGUUAUCGCAUGCAACAUCGUCAAAGUAUAUUGCAUGUAUAUGACGGCGAGAACAGAUCAUAAAGAGAUCUUUUUGACUGUUGGUGACGCACUCUCAUCAUUUCUAGACCGACCGGACCCGACCACAAAAGGUCACUGCCUUCUGUCCAGAGAGGACAUUAUAUACGGAUUUCGGUUCUGUAAUAGUCGCACCUUGGCCCUGGACACCAUCAAUCCGUCCCAUGACACUGGUUUUCACACGUCGCUGCCUCAACUGCUUCCUGAACGGAAGAGGUGGUUCAGAGCUGCUAGCUGGCGACGUUGGGUUUUUACUUACAUCGUAUUUUCUGCAUGCGUGGCUGUGGCCAUAGCACUAUACAGUCGAGCAUUAUCUAGCGGAUCAGCGGAUGUGACAGGUAUAGGGUCAAACCUGGGAAUGGGAAAGCCAAACAGCUCUACCAUCCUCUUUGACGGCGCAAACUUCAUUGCAUUAGCGCUCUUGGCCAGCACACCGCAACUCGUAUUUUCGGCAUUAUAUCUUCUUUGUAACGGCCUAUUUACGUGCAUGCUUGCUGUGGCCGAAUACAAUGACUUUGCGACUCAGCGAAAGCCACUUCGAGUUACUUGGCCAAAAGGGGAGCAGCGAUCGACGUAUUAUCUCAGUCUCCCGUAUCGAUACAGUAUUCCCCUAAUUACAGUGUCGGUUGUUAUACAUUGGCUGCUCUCGCAAUGCAUUUUUUUGGUCAAGAUCAACACCUUUGACGUUCAUGGUAAGAGGUCGUACUACGCUGGAAGACAGGUUACAGCAUGCGGAUGGUCACCUCUUCCUAUGUUUAUAACCAUUAUCGUCGGAGGAACAGCUAUGAUGGUGCUCGCGGGUUUUAGCCUCAGACGUCUCCGGUCAUAUAUGCCUCUGGCUUCGUCCUGUAGCGCUGCACUCAGUGCAGCAUGCCAUCCACCACCGGGAGAUGAGAACGCGUCCUUGAAGGCAGUGAUGUGGGGAGAAGUGGGAGGUGUUUCAUUCGACAGGAUGGAUACUACCGAUCAUAUGAGCCGAUAUGCGCACUGUGCAUUUACGUCGAAGGAAGUCACUACACCUAAUAUGGCUCGGCUCUAUUGUUGA